AGCCAGUGGCUGGGGCUGGACCGGGACAGGAGGGCGAACGCAGGGCUCUUCUGCGGGAAGUCAACGCACAUCCAGGGCUUUAUUUCCCAUUUUCUGCUCCUUUCACCCUCCUUUUCUUUCGUGGUUUUUCCUCCUGCUGAGAUGAGGAGAUAAUCAACAGAGGAUCAGCUGCAGAACCAGUUUUAAAGUUGUUGGAGAGUUCGGACAGGAGAAGAGGAAGAUGCUGGGGUUCGAGAUCUUCGCACUUUGUCUUCUUUUUGGAGCCUUGACUCACGGCCAAGUACCUGCAGCUUCAUGCACCAAGAAAAAUGAAUGUCCCAUACACGUCUACUUCACCAUAGACACAUCUGAGACCAUCGCCCUGCAGGAGCCACCACCAGGGUCACUGGUGCAGAGCAUCAAGCAAUUUGCUGUGGAGUUUGCAAAUCGUUUAGAAGAAGAGGAAUACAGAGGUGCUGUAAAGAUCAACUGGAACAUCGGUGGACUCCACUUCUCCCAGAGGCAGGAGAUUUUCAGCCGCUUGGCAUCCAAGAGUGAAUUCAUCUCUGGAGUCCAGGGGAUCCGUUACCUGGGUAAGGGGACCUACAUCGACUGCGCCAUCGCCAACAUGACUCAGGAGAUGCUUCGCUACACCACUGAACCCAAAGCCCUUCGAUUUGCUGUGGUUAUCACCGACGGUCAUGUGACUGGAAACCCGUGUGGGGGCAUCAAAGUGGCAGCAGAGAAAGCCCGUGAUGAGGGGAUCCGGAUCUUUGUUGUGGCCGCGUCAAAGAACGUGGAGGAGACGGGGUUGAAGGAGAUCGCCAACUCUCCAGCAGGCGUCUACAGGAGGGACUACAUGGCUGUGGAUCUGAGCCAAGGCCGAGCCCUGAUCCACACGGAUACCAUCGACCGCAUCAUCAAGACAAUGAAACAUUUGGCCUACGCUGAGUGUUACAGCGUUACCUGUCUGGAGACACCGGGGCCUCCUGGUCCCAAAGGCCACAGGGGACAAAAAGGAGCUAAAGGAGACAACGGAGAUCCGGGUCAGAAAGGAGAAAGAGGUCGUCCAGGAGACCCCGGUAUUGAGGGUCCGAUUGGUCAGCCUGGUAUCAAAGGAGAACCAGGUAUUAAAGGCGACAAGGGAGAGAUAGGAACUCAGGGGAAGAAGGGCGCAGGUGGGAUCCCAGGACGUGACGGAACUGAUGGAAUGAAGGGUAAAAUCGGACGGAUCGGUGCUCCCGGCUGCAAAGGAGACCCAGGCGACAGAGGUCCUGAUGGUCACCCUGGAGACGUUGGCGAACGAGGUCCCUCUGGAACUGAUGGAGACAAGGGAGAUUCUGGUCGCCCUGGAAGAUCUGGACCUCCUGGCCCAGGUGGAGAAGCAGGACCAAAGGGUGAGCGAGGAAGUCCUGGAGCACCCGGCUUCCCUGGACAAAAAGGAAGCCCGGGUACAGCUGGAAGACCAGGACCAAGAGGAGAACCAGGAAGAAGAGGAGACUAUGGAGCGAAAGGUGCUCAAGGUCCAGACGGAGAUAAAGGAGAAAAGGGUGAAAUGGGGCCUGAGGGGACAAGGGGACUCCCAGGUGAAUCAGGAAACAAAGGAGCGAAGGGAGACAGCGGUCUUCCAGGACCCAGAGGACCCCCAGGAUCCCCAGGAGAGGCCGGAAAAAACGGUACCAGAGGUGACCCUGGUGAUGCUGGGCCAAGAGGAGAACCUGGACCAGGUGGACCAAAGGGAGAUACUGGAAGACCCGGUUUUAGUUAUCCUGGACGAAGAGGAGAUUCGGGUGAGAGAGGAGAGAAGGGAAACCGUGGACCUCGCGGCAGCAGAGGAGACUGUGGGUCGAAGGGUGAGCCUGGAGAAAAAGGACCUCCAGGAGAAGAUGGUGAGUCAGGGCCUCAGGGUGAACCUGGUUUAAGAGGUCCAAGAGGAGAAGGCGGACGUGAUGGAGAUCCCGGCCCAGAGGGAGACCCCGGCCUCACUGAAUGUGACGUGAUGAACUACAUCAGGGAGACCUGCGGCUGCUGUGACUGCGAGAAACGCUGUGGCGCCCUGGACAUUGUGUUCAUAAUUGACAGUUCAGAAUCCGUGGGUCUGACAAACUUCACCCUGGAGAAGAACUUCGUCAUCAACACCAUCAGCAGACUGGGGUCUCUGGCUAAAGACCCCCAGGCAGAGUCAGGCAUGAGGGUGGGAGUGGUUCAAUACAGUCACAACGGAACCUUCCAGGCCAUCCGCCUCGACGACCCCAAGAUCGAUUCACUGUCUGCUUUCAAGGACGCAGUGAAACGUAUGGAGUGGAUCGCUGGAGGAACAUGGACCCCAUCAGCUCUGAAAUACGCCUACGACAACCUGAUCAGAGACAGCCGCAGAUCCAAAGCCAACGUCACUGUGGUCGUCAUCACCGACGGACGAUUUGACCCCAGAGAUAACGAUGCACUGCUCACCUACCUCUGCAGUGACCCCAGGGUCGAUGUCAGCGCCAUCGGUAUCGGAGACAUGUUCGACCAGAUCGAGGAGAAUGAGAGUCUGAAGAGCAUCGCCUGCCAGAAACAAGGCCGGGUGUUGGGCAUGAGGCGCUUCGCAGACCUAGUGGCUGAGGAGUUUAUUGACAAGAUUGAGACCGUACUCUGCCCAGAUCCUGUUGUUGUUUGCCCUGAGCUCCCUUGUAAAUCAGAGCCGGCUGUGGCCAGCUGUGUUCAGAGGCCAGUGGAUGUGGUGUUCCUCCUGGACGGCUCUGAGAGGAUGGGACUGGAGAACCACCGCCGGGCCAAGGAGUUCAUUGAGAACGUGGCUCGCCGCCUUCGCCUGGCUGACGACCCGAAUGACGAGAGGAAUGCCCGUUUGGCUCUGCUGCAGUACGGCAGCCCCAGGGAGCAGCGGGUGGAGUUCCCACUCACACACAACCUGACGGUGAUCUCAGAUUCGCUGCAGGCUGUGAACUACAUGGACUCGUCUUCUGCUCUGGGCAGCGCCAUCAUCCAUGCUGUCAACAACCUGGUGCUUUCACGGAACAACCGUGUGGCUCGCCGUAAUGCUGAGGUGGCCUUCGUCUUCAUCACUGAUGGUAUAACCUCCAUCGACCAGCUGGAUGAGGGCGUGACCGCUAUGAGGCGAGUAGAAGGCGUUCCCACGGUGAUCGCCAUGGGAACCGACACAGACGAGGAAGUGCUGCAGAAGAUAUCGCUAGGAGACUCAACAGCCAUUUUUAGAGGAGAAGACUACAACGUCCUGAACAAACCCUCUUUCUUUGACCGCUUCAUCCGCUGGAUAUGCUAGUCAGGAACUGUAACGCUUUACACCAUUGAAUUAGAAUCCAUAGAAUGAAAGGAGCUCCUUCAGUGUUACAUAAUGCAAACAUCAGUUAUUAUCAUUACCAGGUGUAAAGCACUGAUAUGGCUACUGUUGAUAGGGGUGACAAUCUGUUAAAAAAGUUCAAUAAUUCAGGGUCAGCAGACACUCAUGCACACACUAGGGUUUACAAUGUUAACUGUUUUGUUUUUAUUCUAUUCAUUCUAAAUCUAUGGUCACAUUUUGCAACCAAAGACACUCAUAAGUAACCUACAGGAGGGAUGUAUGAUUAUUGAAUGUGUAGGAGACAAACAGUAGGCUUUGUUUUGUUUUAUUUUGUACUGAUUUUGAGUCUGCAGAGUUCUCUCUCUGUUUCUGUCUCAGUCUCUCUUCACCAAGUCAGUAUAUACAUUAAAGGUGCUAAAAUAUAAAAAGGACAAAGCCAUCUGACUGGUCCUGAAAAUGUGUUUACUUCAUGUAAUAGUUGUAAUUACUAUAGUAUGUUCAGAGGAUUAAAAAAAAACAUGUGGCCAUGUCUUUCCCAGGGAAAAAAUUUAAGUCACACAUACACAACCGAGAAAAAAACCACAUCAGAAUCUCACGAGCAAACAGAAACACAUUUUUGCUUUUUGGAAUGACACAUAUUCACAGACACACAAGGAAAUAAAAUAAGUGUUAACAUGAAGUCCAAAUAAAGCCUCAUGUGGUGAACCCAA